AUGUCGCAACGACCAAACGAGGCCCCUGUACGGUCUUCAAUAUCUCCAGCGAAUAUACGACCCCGAGACCGAUCUGCAGGAACAGCGUCGCCUUUACUCCGAUCCGAUGGGGGCUCAUUUCGCCAGACCUCGCCCCGAAAGAACGAUAGUCAAGCGAGCGGGGAGUUGGAAGGUAGUACAUUGGGCAGCGGUUCCCGUGAUGGAGACAGAAGGAUACCGGGGCAGCGGAGGACCCAGAGCUCAGGUGGCUUUUUGCUUGACUCGUUGCCUCGCCCGCGAAGCACAAGAGUUAGCCUGAACCGCCCUCGCCCCUCGGAUCCUCCCCAAGAGAAGCGCAGCGUUCCCGAACCGGAUAUUGUGGUUCCCAAGAAACGCUCACGAUUUCCAUGGAGCCGGCAUAAGCACCAUGUACCUGAAGUGGUGCCAGAGGAUGAAACUUCAAGCCUGACCAGUGCUCGGCAAGCUUCUACGCCUCCCGAGAGACAACCAUCUGGAAGCUCCACGCAGCCUGAGGUACGGGAAGACAAUGUGGAACAUUCAACUCCUGGCCUUGAUCGCGACUCGAUCCAGAUUGUGAAUCUAGCCCUGAAUCUCAAUGAAUCUCGGAGGAGGACAGCUUCUGGAAUACUCCCAGGCCCAGAGAGCCGAAGAACGAUAUCUGUCUCUCAACCUGCUGUUCCGUCAGUAGACAACUAUGCGUAUUCCUCGCGAGCGAGGAAUUUCCAGCGCGACUCGUAUCGCAAUUUCACUCAGCCCUCUAGUAUUUUUUUGUCACAAGGGGCACUGCCGAGCUUAGAGCAAUCAUCCGUUGUGAAUUUGUUGCCCGCAUCCGCGAUUGAGGACCGCAGGGCAUACGAAUUCUCCGAAAGUAGCCUAGCUCGUGCUGAGAAGGCGCGCAAUCAUUUUGAUUUAUUUCAUGAAUAUAUGCGACUACUGCCUUCAUUGCCACCUCUCCGAGAUACAGUCAACGAUGACGUUGAGUCUAAACCACAGAGGCCCCAUCGUGGCUAUAACCCGCUUCAGAUGAUUCGCAACCGAAAAGUGAGAUAUCGUGAGAGAUGCUCCAUCGAUACAGACGCAGAAGGAUGGCAUGACGUUGAAAGAGUCCACGAAUGGAUUAAUAAAGUUGAACAAAAAUAUAGCCAAAGAGAGUACGGCCAACUAGAUUGCUUACAGCUGCCAUCUUUCCAACAAGGUCGCCGUCAUAUAUCCACAAUGGAACACGAGGAUAUAGAGACAAUGCCUGCCUCUCCGGAAUCCAGCUUGCGGCGAGUCAGCCGAACCAGCAGCACGAAGGCCCCCCGGCCACGUAUCGAUUGGAAGAUCUCGCCGGCAGAGCUUCUGGCCGAUGCUGCCUGGCUGGAAAACACCAGCAACAAGACGAAGGUGGUCGACAGGGAUGGCCAUAAACUCUAUCCUGACCCCAACGAAUUAGUUAUCAUGGACACAAGUGAUGACCUCAGGACACCUCAUAAGCAGCAGCGCCUUUCGGCUGAAGUAGGAGAUCAUAGAGAGACACAUCCGUCACCGCACACUUCUCUCUCUAGUUCCCACCCUGCAUUGGCGCACGAAUUCAAGAGCGUGAGUCGUGGGCGGCACAGGCACCGAUUUCGGAGUCAUUCGCAUAGCUUACACAGCCGUAGUGCUUCGAGCAAGCGAAAGCCGUCACGGUGGGAUAAUGCCAGAAUGCGUUCGCGCAGUGUUUCAAGUUCUUCAAGCUCAGAUACCCGCCCUUCUGUCGAUGAAAUGCCUCGCAGGUCUCGUGAGCAUAUCCACGACCGCGUCCAAAGAUUCGUUGACCAUGCACACUCAGGAUCUUGGACAUCCCGCGCCAGAUCUCCGGCUGCUCAUAACGCUGAAAUUGACAGGGGAAGGACACCACAGCCAACCGAGCUGUUGUCGGCCAAUACGGAGCAAGCCCGCAAGCGCAGAAAAGGCUCUUUUUCGUCUACAGGCAGUCUUGAUGACCGGCAGGACCCUCGGAUUUCCCAGGAAGGCAUGGAUAGCAGUGCACCUAACUCUCCUGCUCGCGUUGGUUACUUCCCGAGCAUAGCAAAGGGUCUCCGCCAUAAGAUCGUUUCACGCCACGAGCGCAGCAAGAGCAAACAAGCAGAUCGAGAGCGAGAGCGAGAGCGGGAAGGUGAAUUACUGGAACCCGAGACUUCACGUCAGCGAAAUCUGACCACGCCUGAGCGGACAGAAGGUGCCUCCAAACUUGAGCCGAGCCCUCUUCCUGACGUUGUGUCGUCGUCCUAUCCCGAUGAUCAAGGCACGCCCGAAGGCAAUCGUGUAGAUGGAAACCGAUCCCGUAAAGGGCCCCAUCUUCCCGAAUCAAAGCUACGAGGAAUAUUUAAGGGACCAGGUAGGAUAGCAGAGAUCGUGGGGAAUGAAGUCUCCAAAGUCGGAGAUCUCAUCUUAAAGAAAGAUGCGGAUCCCGAAUCUCGGAAAUCAUCGUCCGCCACUACUGUCGUGUCAGAUGAUAGUGAUUCUGAUGAAGAAUCCAGAGGGGACAAAAAGUCUGGAUCUAAAGGCCUUUUACGGCGCCUGCCAACAUUUACAGACGAGCCUGGACGAUUGACUCGCGGAAAUUCCGAUAAGAACUCAUCCCGAAGCUUCAUUUCCUCUCUACCGACCUUCACAUCACCCUUGCGGCAAGAUGAACGAGGUGAAGCGGCAAAAGUAUUCGGCGGUCCUAGCGAAAAAGUUUCGUCUCAACCAAAUGAUGAUUCCCGUGAUUCUCGUGAUUCUCCCAAGAAAUUCUCGCUGCCACGCAGCAAAACGCUUGAUUUCAACGCUUCUUUACAUGCGGAACGGACAAAGCGCAACGAUAUCAAGGACCCUUCCGUUCCUUUCAGUUUAACACGGCCUCCUGUCACUGGGCUUGCCAACGCUCGAGCAUCACCAGGGCUUUCCCCGGAGGAAAGACGCACAGGGCUUUCAGAUACCAGUCGCGCUUGGAGUAUAUCUGGGCGCAGUAUCCACACCUUGAUUGACACCGGUGUACCUGGUAAACCGGAAGUCGAGCGCACACGGGCUCUUCUGUUGUCAUCGGGGAUUAAGGCUCGGGAGAUUACUCGCCGAGCCCACACUCCUCGCGAGCCUGUUCCUCACUGGCUUCAAACCACCGUGGGCCCUGGCACAUCUGUCCCACGAGUGACACGAAUCGGCGAGUUCGACCUCGCUGCUCAAUCCCUCCUCCGGCGUUUUGAGCACACCCAACAGUCAUUCCAACAAUCCAUGCACCAUUUCUCCACCUCCACUUCGUCCCCUCUCCGAUCCCAGCUGAGUAAGUUGGAAAACCUAGUCAAUAAUUCCCUGGCCCCCCGCGUCCGAAGCACAGCAAAUGACGCCGAGGACCUGUGUGUCCAUCUCAACACCACCAGCACACUGGCCGUUAAGCAGCUGAGUGAUGCCCUUGACAGAGGUCUCCGUAAGCGUCGCCGUCGAUUGCGGUGGCUUCGCCGCACUGGGUUUAUGGUUUUGGAAUGGGCGCUUGUUGCUAUGCUUUGGUGGGUGUGGCUGAUUGUCAUGGCUUUCAAGGUUGUGCGUGGUGUCUUCCGGGGUGUCUUCACUGGUAUCCGAUGGGUCUUGUGGCUUUAA